UACGUGAUGAAACCUGUAGAAAAGUAACUGUCACUCUGUACCAGACAGUCCGCUACAAACCAGCUCUUAUAAUUACAGUGUUGAAGUCCGUUGCUAAAUUAUACAAGCAAUACUUAAAGGUUUAAAUUUGAGAUAUUUGUUCAGGCUUCUGACGAGCCACCUAAAGGGGUCCUUUAACGGCAACAGUUAACCAUGGUUACGACCCAUGUGAACGUGUCGUAAAAGUUGAAACUCCUGAGAUGUCACUUUACGUUAUUGUUUGUCGCGGUCACAACUUUCCCGUUCUGACUUUUAGGAACAUGCUUUCUACCUGAUUGACUGUGGAAACAUGAGCUCUGAGGUGUGCCCAUUCUGCGGGAAAACGUACAAAAGGUUGAAGAGCCACCUGCCACAUUGCAAGGCAGCAGCAGCGAGCUCCAAAACACCUCCGACCAAACAGGAUGUCACGGUGACUCGGACGUCACCGUCUUCUCGGCCGAUCGCUGCCUCGUGCGAACCGGCAGCAAAGUCCACGCAGACGUUGUCGGUGACGUCAAGUCCACAAUCGAAGAAGAGUGAGAAGACGUCUGCGGUAUCAUCAGCAGCGAUGCGGCCGCCACCGUCGCUGGAUUCGGCAUCCCUUCCACCGUCAACGAAGAAGAGGAAACAGAAGCUGUCCGAACAAAUCAAGACCGCCAACGUGCCCUCCUCCUUCACCGAUUCCCUCACCUCCGCCCCAUCGCUACCUCUGUCUCCCACCAUCCUUAAACCCAAAAAGCAGAGUCUCCGUGUGUUGAUAGAAGCUGCAAAGUCCGAACAGGUUUCUAAGGGAUCACUGGCGGGAACUGGAUCUGCCUCAAGCGACCCGCCUUCCGGUUCGGCUCCAUUUGUGGCUGAUCCUCUAAGGUCCAGAGCCGCGGCUGAGACGGGGACCAAAUGCGACCGAGACUCGGUAAAAGAUGACGCCCUCCCUGCCUUUCUGGCCACGGACACCAAACACAAAGAUGCUUCUAAAAAGAAAGCGUCGAAGACGAAGAAGGCCACGACCGAAGAUAACUCUCGCUCUCUGGACUCCCAAGUCCAUGGAAGUAGUGCACGAGCACACGUUAGAGACUUCUGGGCGGAUGACGACGACGACGGGGAAGUGAAUAAGAUGCUCCUAUCAGGAGGCGGGCGCCAGGCCAGGGUUACCCUCCAGGAUGUUAAAGCCACGUUAGGCCGAGCUAACGCCACCCGUCAGUCCGGCAGGCCGAACAUCCUGAGCCAGAUUGAAACCGCCGACGAUCUAAGCAGCAGAAUCAGACCAGUUCCACUCCCAACGGGGGCCUUGGUACCAACUAAAACUGUGUCAGACCAGCUGCCCUGCACCAGUUCACAACACGCAGAGCUACAAUCAGUCACGAGGAACAGUUUGAUGUCCAAACAAGGGUCCCUAAUCCCCCGGCACCAGCCCGAGCUAACCUCCCCGGCAGCUCCGCUCGUCUCUGGCCAGCUGUCGUCUCAGGUGAGCAAAGCCACGCCUCCUCUACGUGCCGUCGCCACCAACGAGGGGCUGAAGGUCACGAGACUCCUCACGAUAUCACCAUCGCGCACAGCGUUUUCCAGCCCUCUGCCGGCAGCGAGGCCGGAGACACCGAGAGCUGGCGAUGGGUUGAAGUCGCAGCUCGAGGCCAGGAAACUAAACACUGCUGAUAAAGGAACCACAGAUGCUCUGACACAGAGGAGUCUUGGACAGGUGAGACUGAGGGAGUUGCCCGAGUGGCUGGCCUGCAAAACCCCCAGGCACCCAGGAGAUGUGGUGGGAAUGGUGCAAAGUGGCUGGCAGUGGUAUUACAAGAGGUAUAUUGAUGUGAAGAAAGGUGGUGCAGGUGGACUGGGCAUGUUGUUAGCAGGAUACUGUGUGCUCGGCUACAUCUGGAACUACCCUCAUAUAAAGCGUGAUCGCUGGAGGAAGUACCACUGAUGUCGAGGGAAGCUGUUUCGGACAAGCGUGACUCUUGUGUGAGGAAACCGCAGCUGUGGCAGAGCGAGGCUUCAGGACUCGGUGGCAUCUGUUCUGCUCGUACCAUCGACAAUGAAUCCAAACAGUUGCACAGGAUUUAUGUUUGAGACGUGGAGACUUGGUGGUCAACGUGGUCGCUCUCCCCUCUACAACCUUUUAAUAUGAAGCUACAGCUAGCUGCUGGUAUGCUUAGCUUAGCAUAAAGACUGGAAACAGGAGAGCCUUGCUUUGUUAAUCGUAACAAAAUUCAUCUACCAGCACUUAAAUUAAAUCUCUUAUUUGUUUAUUCCAUAAAAAUAAAAAUAGGCUUUAAAAAUAGCUGUUCCCCAUCUUUAUGCUAAACUAGCCUGUAGCUUUAUACUGUGGACACAUAUGGGGAGUGUGGUAUCUAUCAUCCUAUUUAACUCCUCACCAGAAAGUGAACAAGCUCAUUUUCCAAAAUGUUGAACUAUUCCUUGAACAACUGGAAGAGUUGUGAUUCUGAUACCAGCAGUUUUGUUUUAUUUAUUCACUUAUUUAUGUUUAUCUAAGUUGUUAACUUAAGUUUUCUUUGUCUCUUAUUUCAGUUUGAGAAGGGGAAAAUGUCCACAGCGGAACUAGAAAUGAGUUUCUAUUGGAUAAGCGAUUCCCCGGAGCUCCACUAGGGGUCAGUGUUGCGUCACCAAAACCAAAUGGGCUGGGCAGUCAAACGUUUGCUUUGCAUAGUUUUCUUAGCUCCUUUGUGUGGAGGCAUUAGUGCCGGGGUCAAUGGAAGGAUUAAAGAGAACCAAGAGAUUUUCAACUUUGAUUAAAAUCUUUACUCUGGCAGCCCAGAUGGAGAGGAACAUGAAAAUCAAAAUAUCCUUAACUUCAGUAGCCGUCCAAAGAUCGUAUCUGUGUAGCAGAGGGUUUCAAAUCUGUUUUUCUUUUGCAAAUGCUUCCCUUGUCACAUGAUGUUAUUAUGCAUGCUUAUUCCGGUCGGUGCCAGUAAGUGAACACUCGCAGAAUAGCAAUGGGGGGGACGCUGAAGGAGGUUCUCAUCAGGACUAGACCAGUUUGUUAUCGUAUUCAAAAUGAAUUUAUUGUUGACUCUCCUUGCCGCUGCAGUGAACACACAUUAGCUACAAAUUAAGAAAUUACACCUUCUUCUUUUUUUUUCCCUAACAGUUUUUCAUGAUGUCGCAUUCUUAGCCAACACAAUAAAAAAUAAUUUCCA